GCUCAAGCUGUUUUGUGAUCUCCGGCGCGCUUGUGGCUGGUGGUGUGAACGAGGCUGGAAGCCCGCCUACGGUUCAGCAGAGGUCUUCGCGAUGGCUCCCGAGAAGCGCAUCGACCCCGAGACCAAGAAGGCCAUGACGCUCAAGGAGCUCGCUAAGGCGUACUCUGGCAAGUACACGAAGGAGGAGAUCAGCAAGUACUGGAGGGACGAGUGCAAGGUUGCCAAGGAUGAGCCCGCCCCGAAGGCCAAGGCCAAGGCCAAGGCCGAGCCGAAGGCCAAGGCCGAGCCGAAGACGAAGGCCGAGCCCAAGACUCCCAGCAGGGGCGGCGACGUGAUGACCAAGAUGGCGUCCCUCAUCUUCGACGACGCCACGAUGAAGAAGUACGUCCCGCCGAAGGUCUUCCAGAAGUUCCAGGAGGACCUCGUGUCCGGGGCCCCCACGUCCGAGGGCGACCAGGCGGCGAUCGCGAAGGGCCUGUUCCGGUGGGCGCGGGAGCACGGCUGCACCGACUUCGCCCACUGGUUCUUCCCCUGCCGCGGGGGCGGCGGCGCCGUGGGCGGCGCGGUGGGCGCCCUGAAGAUGGACACCCUGAUCGACAUGGACUUCGGGUCGAAGAGCGCGAACAAGCCCUUCUUCCCCGUGCUCCCCGUCGAGCGCCUCUUCCAGGGCGAGACGGACGGCUCCUCCUUCCCCAACGGCGGCCUGCGCGUCACGCACUCCGCCGCCGCCUUCACGGUGUGGGACCGCACGGUUCGCUUGUGGCCCCCUAUCAUCGUGGGCACCACGCUCCGCAUCCCGUGCUCCUUCCUGACGCACUUCGGGCGGAGCAUCGACGAGAAGACGCCGCUCCUGCGCUCGCAGGACGCCGUGAGCGCCCAGGGUCUGCGCCUGCUCAAGGCCCUGGGGCUGGCCUCGGACGCCAAGUGCCUGCGCUCGUACCUGGGCUGGGAGCAGGAGUUCUUCGUCGUGUCGGCCGCGCUGUACAAGAAGAGGCCCGACCUCGUCAACACUGGCCGCACGCUGUUCGGCAAGCUGCCCACGCGGGGCCAGCAGAUGGACCUCAACUACUUCGCCCCCGUCCCGUCGAGCGUGGAUCGGCUCCUGGUGGAGGUGCAGCAGGAGAUGCUGAAGGCGGGCACCCCGAUGGCGGUCCGCCACAACGAGGUGGCGCCAGGCCAGCAUGAGAUGUCGCCGGUCUUCGGUGUUGCCAACUUCUCGGCCGACAACAACGUCUAUUUCAUGGAGACCUGCAACAGGGUGGCGGCGAAGUACGGUCUGAUGGUGCUCUUCCACGAGAAGCCGUUCGCUGGCAUCAACGGCAACGGCAAGCAUGCCAACUGGUCCGUCGGGACCGACACGGGCAUCAACUUCUUCUAUCCCGGCAAGACUGAUGAAGCACGCACCAUCUAUACCGCGGCCCUGGCCUGCCUGUCCCACGGCAUCAUGCAGUACAACGAGAUGCUGCGCUGCGCCGUGGCGCACGCAGGCAACGACCACCGCCUCGGGGCCCAGGAGGCGCCCCCGGCCAUCAUCUCGCUCUAUCCGGGCCAGGGCUUCGAGGCGCACGUGGACGCGGUGAUCGCGGGAGGCGCCCUGAACGAGUUCAAGGCGGAGAAGAAGUUGCAGCCAACCGGCUGCAAGGCAUCCAUGGCCGUGGAGUCCAACGUCGAGGACCGCAACCGCACCGCGCCCUUCCCCUUCUGCGGCAACCGCUACGAGUUCCGCGCGGUGGGCUCCUCGCAGAACUGCUCUUUCCCGGUGAUGAUCUGCAACACGAUCAUGGCCGCGGGCAUGAGCGCACUCUCCGAGAAGAUCGAGGGCGGCACAACAGCGCGCGACGCCGUUGCCGAGAUGUACAAGACGAACCGCAACGUCAUCUUCACCGGCAACGGCUAUUCCGCCGAGUGGCCAGUCGAGGCGGAGAAGCGCGGCCUUUCCAAUCUCAACACGACACCGAAGGCCAUCAAGCAUUGGGCAUCGGACAAGAACAUCAAGCUCUUCGAGACUCUGGGCGUCUUCACCGAGGAGGAGACCAAAGCGAGGGCCGAGGUGAUGUACGAGGCCUACAACACCACCCUCAACAUCGAGGCCAACACCAUGGUCGACAUGGUCAACACUGCGUUCAUCCCAGCCUUUGCCCAGGACCUGGCCCUGUACAAGGACGCGCCCGACCUGGCGGGCAACCGCAAGGCGCUGUACGCCUCGGUGAAGACCGAGACGGAGAAGCUGGCGAAGAUGAUGGAAGAGACUCCCCACGACAUGGUCGCAGAGGCCGAGUACCUGUGCGAAAAGGUCAAGGACCAGAUGGCCAAGGUGCGCUCGCUGGUCGACGAGGCGGAGGGACUCCUGGAGAAGGGGCUCUAUCCGUUCCCGACGUACGAGUCCAUGCUGUACCACCACCACCACUGA